AUGAAGUAUUCAUUAUGUCUGAUUAGGGCAAAAAGAUUAGCUAAAUUAGCUGCAUUACAAUCAAAUAAUAAUAGUAGUAGUAAUAUCAAUGAGACAUCAAGUGGGUCUAACGACCAAAAAUCAGCAUCAUCAGAUACAACGUCGGAGCCUGUAAAUAUAACAAAUCAAAACGAAGGUGUGGUAAAUACACCUCAAACUCGAACUCAACCACAACCCCAACAAUCCUCUAAACCAGUUGCCACAAAAAUUGAAAACACCCCAAACCCAUCAUCUACACCAACAAUAUCAAAAGAGGAACACAUAUCACAAUGGAUGAUCACACAAUUAAAACAUUUAUUCAAUGUAACUUUGGAUAUCACCGAUAAAUCAAAUAAAUCACUUUAUUUACCAAGUUUAUGUCAUGAUUUAAAAAAUUCAGAAAAUAAUUUACUUGAUGGAAACUUAUUAGAUUCAAUAUUUAUGGAAAUUUUAACUGAAGUUGGGACAAAAAGUAAGAGACCAAUUGAUUAUUUAUAUUCCAUAUAUAGAUUAGCUUUUAAAGAAAAAAGAUCAAUACCUGUUAAAACUCCUUAUUAUCAAGAAAAAAUUGAAAUUUUAAAUCAAAUUAUAAAAUUAUCUGUACGAUAUGGUAAUAUGGGAUUACUAAUACCAGAUAUGUUUUUAUCAAAUGAUUUAAAAUUAGCAUUAGAUUCAUUUAUAAAUCAAUUUGGUGAUAUGUCACCAUAUUUAAUUGAUAUAAUACAAGUUAGUUAUGAAGAAGAAACAUUAUUAGAUUUAUUAAAUUUAAUUUUUCCAUAUAUAAGUUCAAUUUUAGUUAAAUGGGAUUUUAAAGAUCAAAGAUAUUUAAAUUAUUUAUCAAUAAUUCAAACUUUAGUUUCAAUAAAACCUGUUGCUUCAAUUUUUUCACAAAUUGAAGGUUUUAAUCCACUUGAUAAAUCUCAAGGUUUAAAUUUUGAAUAUAGAUCAUUACUUGGACCAAUUUUAAGAUUAUCUCCAUUAACUGACAGUUUAAAAUCUUAUUUCGAUGAUGAUAUAACUAAAUUAUCUUAUCCACAAUUAAAUAAUGCAUACCAAUCUAUUCAAAAUGAAUAUAAAGUUGUAAUUGAUCAAUUGUUUAUAAUAGUAGAUAAAUUGAUAAGAGGUUCAGCUAAAACUAGACAAGAUUUAUUGACUUGGUUAGCUGAAUUAAUAAAUUUAAGUCAUUUAAGAAGAGGUAGUCAUGUACAAUUUAAUACUGUACCUGGAGAUGGAAUUAUGUUUAAUAUAACAAUAAUAUUAACAAAAUUAAGUAUGCCAUUCUUAGAUUAUCCGGUUUAUGCUAAAAUUGAUAAAAUAGAUGUUGAUUAUUUUACUAAAAGCACUUUAUUAGAUAUAAAAGAAGAAUCAAGAGUUAAUUCAACUAUUCAAGAAGCUAAUGAAUAUAGUGAAAAUAGAAAAAAAGAAAUUGGAAAUAUUGAACCUUCAAAUUUUGUAUCAGAUUGUUUUAAUUUAACUUUAGCAUAUUUACAUUAUGGUAUUGGUGGUAUAUUUAUUAAAUUUGAUAGAUUAAAACGUCAAAUUGAUCAAUUUGAACAAAGAAUUAAAUUAAUUGAAGCAGGUAGAUCAAUUCCUGGUAUGGAAACAGCUAAUUUAGAAAUGAUGAGAAGACAAUUACCAGCAUUAAGAAGUCAUCUUGAAAAAUCAAAAUCUCAAUUACAUUGUAUUAGUGCAGUUUUUAGUUAUAGAGAUUUACAAUUAGAAAUAUUUGAUUUUAUAAUUGGAGCAACUGUUUUUAUAACAAGAUUAAUUGAUCCAAAACAUUCAUAUCCAAAAGAUACAUUAUCUAUACCAAUUUUCAAAAUUACUAAAGUUUCAGAAUUAGAUGAUCAUGAUUUUUUAAAAAGUAAAACUCCCGUUCCUUGGAAAUAUUAUCCAGAAUUUUUAUUAGAAGGUAUGAUAAAUUAUUGUAAAUUUUCAGCAAAUUUUAGAGGUUGUCCAUUGGUUUCAAAUGAAGAUAAAUUAACAUUAUUUGUUGAAUUUACAACUAUAUUAUUAAGAUGUCCUGAAUUAAUAGGUAAUCCUCAUAUGAAAUCUAAUCUUGUUGAAAUCUUAUAUAUUGGAUCAGUUUCAAGACAAGAUGGAUCACUGGGUUUUAUGAUUUCAAUAUUUGAUAAAAAUAAAUUAGUUAUGAAAAAUUUAUUAUAUUCAUUAUUAGAUUUUUAUGUUAUGGUUGAAAGAACAGGUGCAUCAUCACAAUUUUAUGAUAAAUUUAAUAGUCGUUAUUAUGUUUCAGUAAUUUUAGAAGAAUUAUGGAACAUACCUGAAUAUAGAUUACAAUUAAAAGAUUAUUCUGAAAAUAAUGUUGAAUUUUUUAUAAGAUUUAUUGCAAGAAUGUUAAAUGAUACAACUUAUUUAUUAGAUGAAACUUUUAAUUUAUUAAAUUCAAUUCAUAAUUAUCAAGUUGAACAAAAUCGUAGAAGACAAGGUCAAGAACCAAAUGAAGAAUUAGGUAAUGAUGAAUCAUUAAAUGAUAAUUUAGAAGGUGAAGAAAGAAGAGUUAAAUCUUUAAUUGGAUUAUCAAAUGAAACAAUGGAAUUAUUCAAAUUAUUUACGAAAGAAGUACCAAAGGGAUUUGUAUUACCAGAAAUUGUUGAUAGAUUAGCAGGGAUGUUAGAUUAUAAUUUAUCAAUAAUGGUUGGACCAAAAGCAUCAAAUUUAAAAGUUGCAGAACCUGAAAAAUAUAAAUUUGAACCAAAAAAGAUUCUUAGUGAUAUAUGUGAAAUAUUUGUUAAUUUAUCAUUACAAAAAGAAUUUGUUAUAGCAGUAUCAAGAGAUGGUAGAUCUUUUAAUAUAGAAAUCUUUAAAAAGGCAGAAUCUAUAUUAACAAAUAAAACAUUUGUUGAUAAUAAAAUUAUAAAUGGUUUAUCAAUUUUUGCAAAAAAAGCUGAAGAAAAUAGAUUAAAUGAAGCAAAUGAAGAAUUAGAAUUAGGUGAAGUACCAGAUGAAUUUUUAGAUCCUUUAAUGUUUACUUUAAUGGAAGAUCCAGUUAUUUUACCAUCUUCAAAAAUAAGUAUUGAUAGAUCAACUAUAAAAGCUCAUUUAUUAAGUGAUUCAACUGAUCCAUUCAAUAGAGUUCCAUUAAAAUUAGAAGAUGUUAUUGAUGAUGUAGAGUUGAAAGCUAGGAUUACUGUUUUUAAACUGCAAAGUAAAACAGGUAAUGAAGACGUUGAAAUGACUGAAUGA